CGGCAGGGUCUACUCAUUUGGUUUCCGAUUUUUGCACUGUGAAUGCCACACGUCUUUGAGCUAAUAGAAUAUUUGAGUGGCACAUGCAAAAUUAGACGACCCUGCUUUUGCAGUGCUGCUCUCUAAAUACCAAAUCAUCAUGAGUGAGCGAGGUAACGGCGGGAGCAGCAAAGCAAAGAAGUCAAAACCAGCCAGCUCCAAUGCGGCUAACAGCGGGAAGGUGUCCACUCGGGCACCGGCGAGGGUGACCACAGUCCAGAAGCUGCACCUGCGUCUCUUUCAGGUCGGUAUCGGGAACGACCGGAGUGGCAGGGCAGAUGCCUCCAAGGAUGCGGCGUCUAACCUUCCAAACAAGACUGCUUCUUCGGGGGAGGACAACAGUCGUGACUCGAGCCCAGGGAUCGACAGUGUGCCGCCGCCCUCCGAGCCGCCUCUGGAGCCCACACCCCCGCCGCCAGUUAAGAAGCAGGUCAAAAGGACGGCUGCCCAGAUCCUGCGCGAGCUGGCCAGAUGCAAGGCUGAACAGCAGCAGGAAAUCAAAAGGAUAUCGGCGCUGGAAUUCGUUGCUGUCCCUGAAGAAGUGGUCAACAGAAAGGCUAUCGAGUUGGAGGAGCAGGACAGCCUGAGCCGUGCUGAAAGGCGCAUGCUCGCGUUGCUAAGUCUGGAAAACUCCAUUGCGUCUAAAGACAAGGCAUUGGACCAGAAGAAGAAACUUGGACACAAGACUGUAGAAGAGAAGCGGAGCUUGCGCCGGCUGCUGGCCAAGUUGCGCCAGCAGGAGCAGCUGAUCGCCACUCAGGUCCGCGAUGCCGUCCACAACAUGCGACAGCGGGCGCGCCAGGCUGUGGCCGCUGCCGCCGAACGGAAGGCCGCCCAAGCCAAACAGUUUGGGGAGGAAACGCUCAGCAUGGUACGAGAGGCACAGAAGCAGCAGGAAGAGGAGCGGCAGCAAAAGUCUGCCCUAAUCCAGGAGAUUCGCCAGCUGGAGUCGGUCUCUCAGCCCCACGUGAAACAACUGGAUCUGACGGAGACCGCUGGACACGGCCUUCUAGACGAGAUGUCCAUAGCUGAGCUGCGCGAAAGAAUAGACCUGCUGAACAUGCAACGGUCAGCUAAACUGAGGGAGAAAAAUGAGAGAAUACUGAACCAGAGAAGAAUUCAGGAGGCGCACAUGGAAAUGGCGGAGGAGAUUCUCACGCGUUUCCACGAAACACAAGCCCGAGAAAGGCGGGAACGAAGGGGGCGGCCGGCACAGCAGCCACCACCUGUGACGUCAGCGCGGCUGGAGGAGCUGCAGUUGGAACUGGAGCAGAAGCGAGCCGAGCGGCUGCAGCGGGCCGCCAGGCGGCGCGUCGAGCGGUGUCAGCAGCGCUUUCUGGCGAGUACGAAGGCAGCGCCACCAGCGGUGGCCGUGCGCAGUGCGCCAACGGCUGUCGGCCGUCAGGUGGCGCCCACUGAGGCCCGUCGGCGCCACCAGAGUGACAGCUGUCUCCAGCUGGGGAUGGAGACGCGCCGGUUUGACACUCUGCGCUCCGAUAGCGGGUUCAGGCGAGAGUUUGUGUAAUUCGGCAGGCAUGUUGACAUAUAAUGGCGUCAGAGUUGCAUUGGCAACUUCUCACACCGUCACCACCAUACAUUCGGUUAGACUGGAGAUGGUUACGCCGUUUUUGCCAUGGCUAUCAUGCCACACACGCUGAGCACAGGCAGAGAGCCUAAUAAGACGGACAGACAAUACAAAUGUUGAGCAGGUUACGCCUUCUGUGAGCAUUAAAGGCGCCAUUAACUGAUGGUAACGUUUCGUAUGCAUGAAUCAGUUGACCUUCAUGGCCAGACAUUUUUUAAACGUUUGGGCUUAGAUUAGAUGAAGGACGUGAACAUCAAUGGCCUUUUCUAUCUCACCACAGGUAUCUAUAGUUUAUUAAGAUCGUCUGAUGCCCCACCUUCUCCUUCUCCUUCCAUGUCUGGUUGCAAUGCAGCCACAAAGGUAAUUACAUUUCUGUCGCUUUCCAUUAUCAGUUCGUGGGAGCCAAAUUAGUCAGAAUAUUUUUACAAGGUGCAGGCCUCCUUGAAUUCUUGUUUUAAAUCCUUAUGCGUAACGCAUGUCGUCCGUCCUGAACUUCUUGACACUUGAGACGCUGAUAUUAUUAUGUAGAAGUAUAUGGUUGUGAGCUUCGUUGCGUUCAAACCUAAAAUGCUAGUUAAUGAGAAACUAAAAUAUCAACUACAUCGCCGUAUUAGUUGCGGAUUAUCAAUAAAGUGAUCAGGUGUUGUUCGUCACUAGCGCGUCUCAACCGUGUUUAGGAGCACUGUAAUUGCCUGAAGUCAAGCUAGAAGACAGCAACAACGAAAAAGGACAUGCAAA